AUGGUGUGGGCGGCAAAGCGCGACGCAGGCCUGUGGUUCGCAGCAGCAGAGCAGACCGACAAGCGCGUGGGCAUCCAAGUCCUCCCCAUCACGCCCUUCCUCGCCCGCCUCUUCCCAGACCCCUCCUUCAAUCGCCAGGUGGUGCAGUGGGUGCUGCCUGUGCUGGGGGGGGACGGCACCACGGACGAGUGGCGGGGGUUCGCAUGGGCGCUGCAGGCCACGUAUGACCCGGCGGCGGCGAGGGAGAAUAUUGAGAAGCUGACAGCGUUUGACGAUGGGAAUAGCAAAACCAACAUGCUCUGGCUCCAAGCCAACGCCUUCAGUUGGCUGCGUGUAGCCUCUCCGCUUGGCAGGCAGUUUUGGCCUGUUCAUUAUGCACGGGUAGCUCCGCCGUCACCUCCUGCUCCGCCUACACCUGCGGUACCCGAGCCUCCUUACCCAUACCUGUUCGAACCGGUGAACGAAGAGGGCGAGUUUCCUACGCCACCUGCUUCUGUCGACGGGCCUCUGGCCGCCGACACCAACGCCGACAACGACGAUGACUCUAACGAGUCUGUUCCUGCGUUUCCUGUGCCUGAUUUCUCCCCUGACGUCCUUCUCGAGGAAGAAGCGUCUGGCCCUGCUGGUCCUGGACUUGUAUCGAAGCUGUACUUGUGA